CAUCUGCCCCAUUCAUUUCUAAUCCUGUACCCGGAAAAGUAACUCUUCGACGUGUAUGCAUGGUACCGUGUGUUUCCGGUAUAGCGUGUGUUCACAGUUAUCCAGCCUUUUCCUCUUGGGUUUCAAUAGAACAGUCACUUUGGAUUCCCGGCUCCUUACCUGUUUCCCCCUAAACGGCGUAUCUAACUUUGUGGACAUGGCAUCAUCAGUUUCGGCACAGGCGAAUCCUGCUCCGGUUGCGGCGCUCCAGAGAGGAAUAGUCAAGAUGGUCUUGUCAGGAUGUGCAAUAAUCGUGAGGGGCCAGCCACGGGGAGGCCCGCCCCCGGAGCGUCAGAUCAACCUGAGCAACAUCCGUACUGGAGCGCUAGCUCGCCGUGCCCCCCAGAGCCAGCCCGACCAAAAGGACACCCCUGACGAGCCCUUUGCCUUCCAGGCCAGAGAGUUCCUGCGCAAGAUGCUGAUUGGGAAGGAGGUAUGCUUCACAGUGGAGGUCAAGACUGCUCUGGGCAGAGAAUACGGCAUGGUGUACCUGGGCAGAGACACCACCGGUGAGAACAUUGCUGAAUCUCUGGUCAACGAGGGCCUCGCCACCGUCCGCAGGGAAGGAAUCCGGGGCAACAAUCCAGAUCAGGCUAGACUGUGUGACCUGGAGGACCAGGCCAAGGCCUCCAAGAAGGGCAUGUGGACGGAGGGCGGCGGCACCAACACUGUACGCGACCUCAAGUACAUAAUCGAGAACCCCCGCAACUUCGUUGACUCCAUGCACCAGAAACCUGUCAAUGCCGUCAUUGAGCACGUGCGCGACGGUAGUGUGGUCCGUGCCCUGCUCCUGCCCGACUACUACCUGGUCACGGUCAUGCUCUCUGGGGUCAAGUGUCCGACGUUCAAGCGUGAGGCGGACGGCACGGAGUCGCCAGAGCCCUUCGCUGCCGAGGCCAAGUUCUUCACGGAGUCGCGUCUGCUCCAGAGGGACGUGCAGAUCAUCCUGGAGAGCUGCCCCAACCAGGUCAUCCUGGGUACCGUCCUCCACCCGAACGGGAACAUCACAGAGCUGCUGCUGAAGGAAGGGUUCGCCCGCUGUGUGGACUGGUCCAUGGCCGUCUACACCCAGGGGGCAGAGAAACUCCGGGCCGGAGAAAAAUCUGCUAAAGAACGUAAAGUGCGUAUCUGGAAGGACUACGUAGCCCCCACAGCCAACAUGGACCAGAAGGACAGGCAGUUUGUGGCCAAGGUGAUGCAGGUCGUCAAUGCGGACGCCGUCGUGGUCAAGCUUAACUCUGGCGAGUACAAGACCAUCCACUUGUCCAGCAUCCGACCCCCCAGGAUCGAGGGCGAGGAGAAGAACAAAGACAAAGACAAGCGUUUCCGUCCCAUCUAUGACAUCCCCUACAUGUUCGAGGCCCGCGAGUUCAUGAGGAAGAAGAUCAUUGGCAAGAAGGUGAACGUCACGGUGGACUACAUCAGAGCUGCCACCAGCUCCUCAGAGACCAGCACCAUCCCCGCCUUUGCAGAACGCACCUGUGCCACGGUCACCAUCGGCGGCAUUAACAUAGCCGAGGCGUUGGUCAGUAAAGGUUUUGCCACGGUCAUCCGCUACAGACAGGAUGAUGACCAGCGCUCAUCCCACUACGACGAGCUACUGGCUGCAGAGGCACGGGCAAUCAAGAACGGGAAAGGGCUGCAUAGCAAGAAGGAGGUCCCCAUCCACAGAGUGGCUGAUAUCUCUGGGGAAACACAGAAGGCCAAGCAGUUCCUGCCUUUCCUCCAGAGAGCGGGCCGCUCAGAGGCGGUGGUAGAAUACGUGUUCAGUGGCUCCCGCCUCAAACUCUACAUGCCCAAAGAGACCUGCCUCAUCACCUUCCUCCUCGCCGGUAUCGAGUGUCCGCGCGGCUCCAGGAACAUGCCCGGCGGCAUGCAGGUGGCUGAGCCCUUCAGCGACGAGGCCAUGGCCUUCACCAAGGAGCUGGUACUACAGAGAGAGGUGGAGGUGGAAGUAGAGAGUAUGGACAAGGCUGGUAACUUCAUCGGCUGGCUUCACAUCGAGGGGGUCAACCUGUCGGUGGCGCUGGUAGAGAACGCCCUAUCGAAGGUCCACUUCACGGCCGAGCGUAGCUCCUACUACAAGACCCUGGUAUCCGGAGAGGAGGCCUCUCGUCUCAGGAAAGACAAGAUCUGGGCCAACUAUGAGGAGAAGAAGGUGGAGGAGGUGGUGCACGUGAUGGAGGAGAAAGAGCGCACAGCCAACUACAGAGCUGUAUAUGUCACCGAGAUCACGGACACCAUGCACUUCUACACCCAGGACGUGGAGACAGGCACCCAGCUGGAGAACCUGAUGGAGACCAUGAGGGCAGAGAUCGCCGCCCAGCCCCCAGUGGAGGGCUCGUACGCUGCCCGCCGAGGGGACUACUGCAUCGCCAAUUUCUCCGCCGACGGAGAGUGGUACAGAGCCCGGGUGGAGAAAGUUCAAUCGCCAGCAAAGGUCCAUGUGUUCUACAUCGACUAUGGCAACAGAGAGAUAGUGCCAUCCACGCGCCUGGCUGUCAUUCCCCCGGCCUUCAGCACUCGGGCCCUGGCUGCACAAGCCACUGAGUACGCCUUCGCCUACAUCCAGGUCCCACAAGACGAGGAUGCGCGUGCUGACGUGGUGGACAGCCUGGUGCGGGACAUCCAGAACACCCAGUGUCUCCUCAACGUGGAGCACAGCGGCGUCACCUGCCCCCACGUCACACUGCAGUUCGCCGACUCCAAGGACGACGUGGGCCUCAGCCUGGUCAAGGAGGGCAUGGUCAUGGUGGACGUGCGGAAAGAGAAGCACCUGCAGAAAAUGGUGACGGAGUAUCUCAACGGUCAGGAGUCUGCCAAGACUGCCAGGCUCAACAUCUGGCGCUACGGAGACUUCCGUGACGACGACGCAGACGAGUUUGGCUACAAACUAAAAAAAUGAAAAGCGCACGGCGCCAUUCCAAAGACCAACGCGGAAAACGAGAUGCACUCAUUGGACGAGAAAAAGUGACAGAAAACGAUUCAACGAAAAUAAAAAAAGUAAAGGACAAGCAUUGUCUCCCUCUUCCUUUUAUUCCAUGUUCAUCCUCCUCCUCCUCUCUCCUGCUACUCUGCACAUCCCUUCCUCCUCCUCCUCCUCCUCCUCUCUCCUGCUACUCUGCACAUCCUUUCCUCCUCCUCCUCCUCCUCCUCUCUCCUGCUACUCUGCACAUCCUUUCCUCCUCCUCCUCCUCCUCCUCUCUCCUGCUACUCUGCACAUCCUUUCCUCCUCCUCCUCCUCCCUCCGGACUCUGAAAGAGUCCACUAUAGCUAUGAACUCAUAAAAACAGUGACUGUCCAAUCCUUCCUCUUUUCCACCCUUCCUGAGCCACUACCAGUUAUUCUUAUCAUGUCCCCCCCUCCCCCCGCUGCAGAACUCCGUUAAUUGCCAUGUCAUCCUUUCAACCCCUUUCCUGAUUAGUGAUGUCAUAUGCCCACACUAAUCAUGCGCAUCGCUACCUUACCCUAUCCCUACCACAGCCAAUCCCUCCUAUCCGUUGUACAGGAAAGGGGCUAGGCCUUCAGAAGAGGAUCCCUUCACUUUUAUUAUUAACAGCUUUUUGCAGAGAGAAACGCUUCCUUAAUGAAUGACAAGAAAUGAAUAAUGCUAUGUUUUAUAAAGUGAAUGUUAAAAAGCUAGCUCGAGAUCCACACCCACCGGACGAGCUUAUUUCUGUCCUUGAUGUGUACCUAUGUGAUAUGACAUUAAAUGAGGUUUAUGUUGGGAGUGUUUUAUUCUCCUCUUUCUUCUUCUCUCUCUCUCGUGGCCAGAACACCUUGACAAACAGCAUUUUCUCAUCUGCCUCUUUCUGUAAUGUUUACAUAUGAUGGUGACAUGAUGAUCUCUCUCUCUCUCUCUGUCUCUGUAUGCCGUAGCAGAAACAGUGUUUGAAUUUGUUUCCUUAUGACAGCCCUUGUCGUUGUAUUAAAAAAUUCUGCUGAAUAAAAAUGAGCAAAUGAUUAAAAAGA